CUUCCGACGAUGAGCAUCAGGUUCUUGGGCGCAUAUCCCGCCGAAUUGUACUCGUUGAUCGUGCCGCAUUCGAUGAACCGCGCGAACCUGUGCACAGCAUCCACUUCGAGGGUCUGCCCACUGACAUUGUCCCGGAGAUGCAAGGGCGAGGCACUCCCGUGAGCGGUACGGGGCGUAGCCCUCCUAAGAAGACACACAGCAAGCGGACGGAAAUGAGUGCGGAGGGCGUGUCACGUACCGCGUUGAUGUGCCGGUCGCAGGUGGGGCACCAGUUCACGUCCAUUGCGUCCACGUCAGCGGGGGCGGACGUGGCGAGCGUUGUUGGGGAAGGGCAAGGCAGGGCGGCAUCGCCCUGCCAGGCGAGCGAACGGGUACUUGGGUACAGACUGGAUGAGUGGAAAGCGUGUGUGUGGGCUCCAAGUCGAUGUCGACGGGCGUCGUGUGACGAUGUAAGUCGAGUGGAAGGGCGGCGGGGAAAUGAUGAGCUGGCAGCAGUUUGCGGACGCGCCGAGCAUAGCGGCGAGCAGGGAGGAAGUGUUCAGCGGCGGGGGAGGGGAGCGACGAGUACGACGGGUACUAGCUGCCAGUGGGAGACUCGGACUAAGAGAUAGAGG